GAUUGUGCUCUGUGCGUGUGUUUCUGGGCACAAUUUAUUUAUUUUUAUUUUCAUUAUGAAUACCAGUUUUUGUAAAUAAAAACAGUUUAAAAAUAUCUUUUAAAGAAAACAACAUCGUGCUGUGUUAAGAAUACAAGUGUAACGGUUCUUAUUGGUGUAAAAAUAACGCUUUUUUACGUGUGUGAUUUCUACUUCCUGCAAUGUUACCUUCGGGUUUUCUGCGGAGAUUAUCACAAUAGAGGCAUCAUUAUCCACUUAGCUACAGGAUGGACUCGGGGACUGACUGGCUCUGCGAGAUCCUGCAGAAUGUUCAGCUCGAGCAAUUUUAUCUGCCUAUCAGAGAUCAGUUACAGAUUACAAGAUUAGCACAUUUCGACUAUGUCCACGCAGAGGACCUUGAGAGGAUCGGCAUCAGUAAGCCUGGGAUCCGCAGGCUUAUGGAUGCAGUCAGAAAGAAGAAACUGCAACUAUGGAACCGAAAGUUUUGGAAUAAACUCUUUGGUUCAUCUAGUUCUGUCUCUAAGGAUAAAACUGAUAUUUCAGUAAAACCAGUGCCCCAAACAGACACAAGAACCACAUGCAUAAUAUUAGAAAAAGAUCUUGUAUUGCAUAAUGAACUAGGUAAUGGAUCUUUUGGUGUUGUGAGAAGGGGUGAAUGGAAAACAGAAUCACAAACAGUGCCUGUCGCAGUAAAAGUAUUAAAAGCAGAUGCCUUUUCUCAACCGGGUAUUUACGAUGACUUUAGAAGAGAAGUUGAGGCCAUGCAUAGUUUAAAACAUCUGAAUCUUAUCAAGUUACAUGGUGUUGUGUUUCAUCCGUUGAUGAUGGUCUGUGAGUUAGCUCCCAUGGGUGCAUUGUUAGAUUAUAUUAGAGGCCAAAAUGGGAAGAUAUCCCUGCAUUACAUAUCAAAAUGGUCAAGUCAAGUUGCAGCUGGCAUGGGACAUUUGGAAAAACACCGGUUUCUACACAGAGACUUAGCCUGUCGGAAUAUUUUGUUGACUACUUUGGAACUGGUAAAGAUUGGUGACUUCGGUCUAAUGCGAGCGUUACCAGAAGCGGAUGACUGUUACGUGAUGAGCGAGAGGCGGCGCGUGCCUUUCCCGUGGUGUGCGCCGGAGUCGCUGCGCGAGAGACAAUUCUCACACGCCUCUGAUGUGUGGAUGUUCGCUGUCGCUUUGUGGGAGAUGUAUUCGUUUGGAGAGGAACCCUGGAUUGGUCUAAACGGGUCCGAGAUCCUCCGACUGAUAAUGCGCGAGGGCCAACGCCUGGCGUCCCCCGCCGCAUGCCCCCCAGACGUAUACAUGCUGAUGAUGCAGUGCUGGGACCUCAACCCUCGCGAGCGACCCUCCUUCGCCGGCAUACAGCGGUACAUGGACACCAACAAGAUUGAGACCGCCAUCGCUUCACUCAGCUACAGGAAACAAGGCCAGAUGACGAUAGAGGCGGGCGACGCCAUCGUGCUCAUAGACAAGCGGCCUGAGCUGCACUGGUGGAAGGGACAGAAUCAGAGGUCACUGGAAGUCGGGCUCUUCCCGAGCACGUUGGUCACUACAGCGAAGAACAAGAAUGUCCAGGUUGUCAAAAAGGCGCAAACUCUGUCGCCGGUUCGGAAACCGUCGCCACAGCAACAGUCUCCCUUAACUGGGUAUACCAAUGGCUCGGCGGACGACGUGGUCCUGCGCAAGCGCCGCACCAUCGAGUCGACGCAGCCGGGCAGCACGCGCGCCGGCAACUCGGGCUCCAAGCACUUCAACUACAAUAAGCUGGUCAACGACCGCGCCCGCGCACUGCACGGCCGCAUGGCGCGCGACGCACACGCCAGGAGUCUCAACCAAGUGAAAGAAGAUUUGCUGAUAGACUUGGAUCUCCCGCCGAGCACGCGGCCUCAAACGAUGAGUGCAGCUAACAUGAACAUAUCCAUACUCGAUGAACCCAUUGAUGUGCCUGAAGUUGGAAUGGACCAAGAUUGGGGGCAGCAAAGCAUAGAGAGCCUCCCGACGUUCCCUUCCUCCCAGCAACAAGCGACAACCAGUCUCUACGGUGCUAAAUCUUUAGACAAUCUACUGUCUAGUACAAACGGGUUGGCCCUAUCACAGGACCCCUUCGACACUUCCCAGUUCUGGCCCGUCGACAGACAGACAGCCAGCCCUAGACCCAACUACGAUCUACAUGUAACAGAACCAACACAAAUGAACAAAGAAUCUCAAAUAUACUCGAAUAGGUACGCCGCGUCCACUAGCUCGAACACCGACAACACUCAAGUAUACAACAACAUGACAGGCGUAAGUAGAAAUAACUCUAUUACUAGUAACCCCUACGGAACUAUUCCAAAUACCACGUACGCGAAUACUAACGCUCUCUCAAUGGAAAGAAAUGUCAAUGAACCCACCUUAGCUAACUCCUUAGCGCAAAUGUCUUUAGACGACAGAAUUUCCGAAUCACUGAAUCUCAGAUCCAAAAACACAAAUAGUGAUAACAUUUAUGCCAAUAGCUCAUUCAACGACGGUCCUACGACGUCAAACGUAAAUGAAUCUAGGUAUAAAGACAUUCCAAUCUAUAAUAACUUCGAUAUGAAUCCCGCGCAGCAACAGUUCAUAUUAGAAACUAAGGAUUAUUACACUAAAUCAUCGGUGCCGACUGGCGCUCGCAACAUGAACCACUACGAGAAGAACAUUUACGUGCCCAAAUACGAGGAGGAGGCGGAGAAGUUGAGGAACUUUAGCGAUUCGUUGGAGAAUUCUAAGAAUUAUUCGGCGAUAAAGUAUCAGAAUGUGGAUAGUCAGUAUUUUUACGCAAGUAGUUUCGGUUCGACGUCGCGGUCGGCGUACGACGAGGUGAAUGACACGGCGAGCAAUUUGUACAGUGAGAUAGGGGAGUCUAAUCAGGCGGGCCACCUGUACGGGAACCAGGGGCAGUACUCGAGUUUGUAUGACGAAGUGUAUGAGGCGCCGACGCCGCGCCCGCAUCGGCCCGCGCCGCCCUGUCCGACCAAACCCAAAUAGUAAAUACUCAAUACCCAGUGUAUUACCAUCGCGUUUGAUUCAUAUCUGAGCGUUUUUAAACAGUGGUGUAACAAUUAGUAUCGGUAUAAGAUUGCCGGCAAAGUAAAAGUAAGACUGGCAAGCUUUUCUACUAGUUCUCUUCACUUUUAAAAUAUAAUAUUUCAAACAAUAUUAAAGACAUUUGUUAAAUAAUCUGGACUUAAACAUUUUAUGUGCUACAACAAGUUCAGACGGAGGCUUUCAGUUUUGUCAGUUCUACUACUUGAUAUUAGCAGUUACGCCACUAAUUUGGAAUUAUGUGAUAGUUGUAUUUAAAUAUCACUCACUUUAAAACAUUGAAUAUAUAUGGAAUUAAAUACUUAAUUCCAUAUUUAUUCAAUGUUUUAAAGUGACAGGUAUACACCUGUAAGAUGAUUGAUCCUUUUACAUGACGUUUAAAGCAAUAAGCAAUAAUAAGAAGGCUAAUGGUGUAACUCUUAACAUUUAUCUUGAAAAGGUAGUGACUAACUUCACACUGUUAAAAUUGUAUAGUAAUUGUGUUGGUGACUUUGGUGUGAAGUUAGUCAAUUGUUAAAAUAUAAAUUUGACACUUGAAAAGACAGUGACUAACUUCACACUGCUAAAAUUGUAUACCAAUAAUUGCUGACGUUGGCGUGAAGUUAGUCGAAUGAAAAAUUCUAUCUGUCAUUAUAGAUUUUAAAGUACGUAGUUAGCUUUCAAUUUAGUUACUUAAAUAAACUAAGUAAAUUAACAAUCCACGUCCAUAGUACUAACUAAUGAAUCUGAACAAUUAUAUUAUUGCUAUAUAAUAUAAUGGCUUUAACAAGAUAGCAUAUAAAAUGCCAUUAUAAUGCAAGUAAUGAAAACUUAGGGGUACACAUAUCUUCGGCUUGGCAUAUUCGGCUCAGCCGAGACAUUUUAUAGAUUAAUAAAGAUAGAUAUACAUUUGGUUUGGUCUGGACAUAGGUAGUAGUCGAUUCAUGUUUAUUAAAUAUUAUUGAGCCGAAUAAGCCGAUUCGUCUAUGUGGGUCGCCCCGUAAAUCGCUCUAUUCGAUUUGCAUUUAGUUCAUAAUCAAGUACCCGAACAGUUAUUAUGAAUGAUUGUUUUUUUUAAAUCCUGAAUAUUCGUUAAAAUUCGUGUUAGUCCUAAAGUUAAUGAACCAACGUGAUAAGAUAUAACUUAUUGAUCAAUGUCUGGUGUAGAAUAUAUUUGUUUGUAUAUUGCUUAAGAUACUCGAGAGAUUUUGCCGAGAUUACCUAAUUCAUGCCAUUUAAAAUGGUUCCUUAUAUCCAUAAGAUACGACAGAGUUUAAUUUUAAUAGCAAAAUAUUUUUGUGAAAAUCAUUAUAUAGAAAAAAAUAAGAAAGAAUGGUAGGUUCCUUUGCAGUUUUUUUAGGGAUGGUCAUAUCCACAUGUUUCAGAUAUGAACUAGGGACUGGACAGAAGUAUAGAAUAGUUAUACAGUACUAAUAAUAAAUAUGGGUAAAGAAAUACUAUUCCGGAAGUACUGUACUGUAAUUUCCCCUUUCUACAGUUAUUUUAAAAAAAUCUAGAUACGAAGUAAAAUUUCAGUACACAUCUUACUGUACUAAAAUGUUAUAUUACAAAAAGUCAUUAUAUAGAAAAAAAUAUACUCAUUCAUACCGGUAAAACACGAUAGUUUCCAACUAGUCAAAUCAGUUACUUUUACUGAACGUCAAAACACAAAAUUACUAUUGAAUUUGUAUGAAAAAGCCACAUGUGAUGUCAUAGAAAAACGAGACAAAAUGUCGCACUUAAUAUUACGGUUUUUUUUUUUAAUAAAAUUCAUAAACAAGUUAAAUUGAAAAAAGAAAACUUUUUUGUCAUUUUUAGAUCUGUAUUUAUUUAGUAAUCUGAAUGUCAUAAUUUAUCUUUGACCUAGGAAACUAUCCAAUUGUACGCAGUCCCUGGUAUUAAAGUUUACUUUUAGAAUGAUUGUCUCCUAUUAUCAAGUUAUUUUCAAAGUAAAUACCUGAUUACAUUUGUAACCCCUCUGAUAUUAGUUGAGAUAUAUUAUGCAACUUUCGAAUACUUGUAGUCAAAUUUUAAGUUAAAGGUUUUUAGGAUUUUUACUAAUUUACGUAGAUACGAAUGGGAUGUUUUACGUAUGUCAUAUUUUCGUAUUAAUAUGCAAGCUAUAUGUAAUAUUUAAGUUUUAAGUAAGUACUGAAUUUGUGCUAUUUAUUUUGUAUGGUAACCCUGGAUCAAACGAACAUCACACGGUGCCUCACCUAAAUGUACCUGUUAGAUUAGUUUAAGCUCACUGAAGAUGUUGAAUUCGGCGAUUUUAUUUUACUUUGAUAGUUCUAAAAGUAGUGCUAUCACUUAGGCUACCUGUCCACCGGAACGGGGCGGCGACGGAGCGGAGAAACGGAGAGUACUUCUAUCGUGUAGGUUGUGAGGUGAAUUACCAACCUCAUCAACCCUAGUGUCAGGGUUAUUAUUGAGCCGCCAAAGGUCAAAAUGUAACGAGUACUUACUUACAUCAGUAAGUAGUAACCGGGACCAAAGGCUUAACGUGCCUUCCGAAGCACGGAUCAUCUUACUUUUUGACAAUUAGGUGAUCAACCUAUAAUGUCCUAACCAAACUAGGGAUCACAAAGUGAUUUUUGAACCUGGGAUCUCCGGAUCGUGAGCCCAACGCUCAACCAUUGGACCGCGGAGGUCACGGAGAGUACUAACCAAUGGGAUUAUUAACUAGUUUGCAACUAAUACAGGGAGUAUUAGUUAAUGUUUCUCCGUUUCUGCGUUCCGCUGCUUCGCUCCGCUCUGAUAGAUAGGAGCUUUAUGGCGUUUUUGCACUACAUCCGACCCGAAUUCGAUCAGAUUACGAGAAUAAUGGACAGUAGAAAUUACUUAAGAGAUAUCGCAUGACGGGUAUCGGAUGAAACGCAUAAGCUACCGUACAAAUAGUUCUAUGACCACUUCAGAUCCGUCAUUUCACGGACUCGAAUCUGAUGUAGUGCGAAAACGCACAGCAGUGGGAUAUAUAUAGGCUACUUUUUCUUAGGGCAAGGAAGACAGCUCUAGUUUUAUAACUGUAAAACUAAACUUAACUUCGAUCAACACAUAAUAAAUAUUUUACAAACUGACUCCUAACAAAAUUAUUUAGAAUUUUUAAGUCUAUUCUAAUGCGGUAUGACAUUUGGGCCUUCAUUAUUACGAAGAAAAAAUUAUGUCAACGCAUUGAAUUUACACGUUUAAUUUAGUUCUUCGUAUAACGAUUAACUUUUAAAAAUCAAAAACGAUGAUUAUAUAUAGAAAAAACAAAUCAUAAUCACCUCAAAAUUGUGCAUUACUAUAACACAACUGGAAGGAUCUCAUCAAAAAUAUCCAAACACACAUGUUUACGUAUCGUAAAAAAUAUCGAAAAAAAUAAUUAAUCCAAGUAUUACGAAUAGAAAAUAAAUUUAAUUUUGUUUUUUACAAAUGUUCAAAAUUCGUUUUUUUAUUUCAAUUAAAAGCGUGUUUUGUUGAACAAAAGUUCGUGUUUCGGUUUUUUUGAUGAGAAGUAUAUUUUAUUUUUACUGUUUAGUUUUAAGGCAUUUUUAUUUUAUUUUUCAGUAGCAUAAUGAAUGACGCAAUUAAUGGUACUCUAAACGUGGUCUAAAGUUGUAUGUAACGGCAUUUUCUAAUACGCCGAAAAAAAAAAUAUUGUCAUAAACUCACUCAAAACCAUGUGUUUCGGUAAAAUAUCGAAUAUUCUGAUUGUAUUACCUAUUCAUUCAUAUCUUCACGUGUCAUCCCUUAUGGGGUAAGAGAUAAUUGCACUUCCCUAUCGCUUGUAUUAUGAUAAGUAUAACCAUAUUGGUAACUGUUUACAUUGACUUCCAUCGAUGUUAUAUAUAUUAUGAUGUUUUAUGAGAAGCGUUUUUACUGCCUUCAAGAGCAAUACUACAAUAUAAAGUAACAAUAAUUAUGCGUACUUCACCUCUCUCCACUAAUCCUAUAAGGGUAGACAGAGCCACGAAUCUCCUUUCUCCGUUCUAAAACAUUUUUGAGUUAAAAAAGAAUCUUGUAUUGUUAAAAGUGUGUAAAACUUGUAAAAAUGUACAGUUUGACUGUAAAUAUAAUAAUGUCGGUCUGUUCAUCUAUAAUGUUUGUAAGAUUGUAAUAAAACUUAUUUUCAAUCGAA